CGUCUUAUCAAUUAAAAACGAAAAAAUCAUAAAAAACGAGUGUCAAAUCAGUAAAAUUCGUAGAAAAUCCAAACAAAAAAUAAUGAAAAAUUCAAUAAUUUCCCAACUUUCGCCCAGAUUUCCUCUUCCUUUCUGUUGUCAAUUCCCAACUGCCCCUUCAAAAACCAACCUUCUCCCCUUCUUUCUCACUCCUCAAUUCACUCUAACAACAAAACCCCAUUUCGGGAGAGAGAAAAUGAGCUCCUUUCAUGGCGCCGCAGUCGUCGCCGGUGCCGGAGAUGGUAGUUCCGGCGGCGUUUCCGGUGGUGGGUUUGAUCAGAAUGUGCUUGUGAUGAGACACGGUGAUCGGAUGGAUAACUUUGAUCCGAAGUGGGUUACGACGGCGGAGCGGCCGUGGGAUCCGCCCCUUUUUUAUGCCGGAAAAAUCAGAGCGUAUAAUGUUGGUACUGAGUUUCGAACUCGAAUCGGGUUUCCAAUUCAUCGGGUUUUUGUUUCUCCUUUUCUUCGAUGUAUUCAGACUGCUUCUGAGGUUGUUUCUGCUUUAUGCUCUGGUGGGUCUGAUGCUUCUUCCUCCUUUGACCCUUCUAAAGUUAAGGUUUCCAUUGAAUAUGGGUUGUGUGAGAUGCUGUGUAGAGAAGCUAUAAGACCUGAAUAUGCACCUAAAGAUGGUGUUUUUCAUUUUAACAUUUCCGAGCUUGAAGCUAUGUUACCUGCUGGAACUGUAGAUCAUACUGUUGAAAGAAUUUAUCAAGAGAUGCCACGAUGGCAAGAAACAGUUUUUGGCUCUAGAAGCAGAUACGAGCAUGUCAUCCAGGCACUUGCAGAUAAAUACCCUAAAGAGAAUUUGUUGCUAGUUACACAUGGGGAAGGUGUUGGAACAUCAGUGUCAACAUUUAAGAAAGAUGUUACUGUUUAUGAAGUAAACUACUGUGCUUACUCACAUGCGAGAAGGCGUAUCACCUUUGGAGAAAACGGAUCAGUUACUGCUGGAAGCUUUCAGUUGGUCACUGAUCCACACAUAACUGGUAUUGAGUACACUCCAUCAAAUAGCUUGGCUGAUGGAGUAUGAGCUCAACAUUGGGACUCAGACUGGUGCCAAGAUUUAUGAAUAAUUGUUUGCUGCUACAUUCAAUCUGAUAUACGGAAGACUUGAGCUAUUCAUUGUCAUCUGUAGCUUGUUAAAUUAUAUUUCAACAAGGCUUCAGAUAAUUAGUUGUACAAGAUGUUACUCACGAGCAAUUUGUUUCAUCUUCUUUCUUCGCCCUCAACAUAUGAGUUCAAAGUCUCAGUCAUAACCAAUUUAGAAUUAAAAUCAUCAUAACUAGAUAAAGAUAAUUCAUAAAUCAGAUGCAAAUGUUAAGCACCGAAGUAGAUGAAUCAGAGUAGAAGCUAAGUAGAGUCUUUGAGGGAAAAAAAAAAAAAAAAAAAAAAAAAAAAAAAAA